UACUACCACGGACAGGUCCCCCUCAUGUUUCACAGCUCCAAAAUCAGCCUUGUGCGCCUCUCGACGGCAGCAUUCACAGCACAGCACAGCACAGCACAGCCUACACAUAUAAACUCAUGAGAUUUGCCCAUCAUGAUUUCAAUCUUCAUUUUCCUGCAUAGUAUGCAUACGAAGCCUAUACAACAUGGAGAAAGACGGAAUAUUCGCGGACUUCGACCAACAAGUUGUAUAUAAAGACAGCCUCGAUCGAGCGGGAGAUGAAAAUACCCGCAACUUUGUUGUCGAGUUUGGCAAACUCGAAGCUCGAAUUGCCUUUGAUCUGAACGCAGGCCAAGUAAACAGGCUCCUAGAUGAACCUUCCACGCAAGCCGAGCGCGAUCGACCUCCUGUGCGAUGGAUCAAUAUCUGGGGUCCAAACCGACAGACUGAUAUAAUGGAUGUUCUUGCACAUCGGUAUGGGUUUUCUCCAAGGCUUCUGGCUAUCAUCAAAACCCUGCCACCGAAAAAUCCGACCAGUAAGGAUCAUCGAGUCAGUUACAAAGAGAAAUUGUUCGAAAAGGAUGAUAUCGAAACUGGCAGAGCGAGUAUGAAUAUGCCCAGAACACAUACAGCUCAUCAUGCGCCCCCGGCCACCACGAGCCAUUAUACUAUUGCACAACAAAUGAUCAACUACCAAUCCGUUGACGUAGGAGCACGUUUCAUGUGCAUUGGUGCGAAUUGGAUGCAUGAUAUCGAUCCACCGAUGAAGGAAAAAGAUAAUCCAACAGUUCAAAAUCUAUUCAUAGACAGAUUCCAGUGUAGACUCUGGUCUUGGCUUAUACUGUGCGACGAUAAUACAGUUAUAGCUGUACAUGAAGAUACAGGGCCAAUUAAGGCGACGAAAAAGGAUCUCAAGUCACUGCGCGGCAAUACUCUGAGCGUUUUAGGCCAACUUUCCAAGUCGGGUCAUGAGACGGCGGAUCCAAUAUCCAUGCAGUCUGUCCGACAGGUUCUAGAUUUGAAUACAGCGCACGCGAAUAGCGGGACAGAAGGAGCAAGCAACCUUUUUUACUACCUAUUUGAUGAUUGGCGAGCUGUCUACAAAACAGUGGCUUUUUUCAGGGGAAGUUUAAAAGAGUUGGAGACCUCUAUAUUCGAAGACAUGACAAGAAAGUCCAACAAAGGUCCUGACAUAAGAAUCAUUCCCCAUCUUCACUUCCUUAGCAAGAGAAUUCGUCGGAUGCAACACUUGUACAACGGCUACCAUAACCUCAUAACCAGGAUUCUGGAACCCAAGAACUCGAGUACGUGGGAAUCAGGCACACCUGACGCCUCAUUUAUAACUCAAAGUGGGAGAAGCGGAGUUAAGUUAGCUGCUUCUGCGAGCCAAAGAUUCGAGAGACUCGGUGAUCGCUUAAAAUUAUUGAUUCUGAGCGAAACUGGUGAGUUCCUCGCCGAAAAGGACGCAUUGAGUACUACCUAUUUCAGCAUUAAUUCCCAAAAAGACUCUCAAGCUACUGCCCGCCUCAAUCGCUCAGCCACCCUGCUCGCCAAACUAUCGGUGCUUUUCCUUCCCGUAUCACUUAUGACCUCUUACUUCUCAACUCAGCUUAGUGAUAUUGAAGGCAAGUAUUCGCUGUAUGAUUACUGGGUUGGGUUUGCGGUAGUGGUAUCGGCGUCCUUCGUCUGCUUGUUCUUCUUCAGCAAGUUAUUGAUGUGGGUAACAGAGACCCUGGAUAUAUGGGCCAAGGCCUUAGGAAAGAAAUCUAGGCAUAUCUUUGUCAGUCUUCUGAGGGGCUUUGACAUGAAAAAAAAUAAGGCUAAGGGGGAAGGAACAAUCAAUGCUAAAGAUGAUGAUGAUAUGGAUGACGAAUGAUGAGAAUUUGAUUUACGGAAUGAAUUGGGUAUAUAAGGUUUAUUUGGGGGUAAACUUUGGGACGGAAAUAAGCUCUUUUCCUGAAAGUUUCAAUUAUGUGAUGGUUAAUAUCCGGCAUACUUCAUGUAUCAUAGUCAUCACUGAUUUUCGCCAUAAUCGAUAUAUAUAUUUAUGAAACGAAUAAAGAGACAAAUAACCUCUAUUGCUUCCAAACUUUCAGUAAUACACGACUUCUCUUGGAAAAUAAUAUGAGAGCGUCUGGCUACUUUAGAGCAGAAAUUGU